AUGGGUUGUGUUUGGUGUAAGCCCUCUGCUAUAGAAGAUAGUAAAGAUAGUCCAAGAGAGAGAUUCUCAAGUAAAUCUUCUUCUGAGUUUAGAGUUUCAAGACCAGUUACUUCUUCUUCUAGAAGGGAACAAGAGCCUGUUAGGUUUAAAGAACGGUCUGAUGUUGUUAGUGUAAGACCUUUGAAUAAGCAAAGUAAUGUAUCGAUGAAUUUGCGUGGAGAGAAUUUGAGUAGAAGAGAGAAGAAGAUAGAGAGUGUUGCAAAUUCACAUUUAGCAAUUGGUAUUACCAUAGCUAAAGCAACUGAAGGUGAGUAUGUAGCAGCUGGUUGGCCUCCAUGGUUGGCUUCUGUAGCUGGUGAAGCUAUUAAAGGAUGGAUUCCACGUCGUGCGGAUUCUUUCGAGAAGUUAGACAAAAUUGGUCAGGGUACUUAUAGUAAUGUAUAUAGAGCUCGAGAUUUGGAUCAGAAGAAAAUUGUGGCUUUGAAGAAAGUUAGGUUCGAUAACUUGGAGCCCGAAAGCGUGCGUUUUAUGGCAAGAGAAAUCCAGAUAUUGCGUCGGCUUGAUCAUCCUAAUAUCAUUAAGCUAGAAGGUUUAGUUACAUCAAGAAUGUCUUGCAGCUUAUAUCUUGUUUUCGAAUAUAUGGAACAUGAUUUAGCUGGACUAGCUUCACAUCCGGCGAUUAAAUUUUCCGAAUCUCAGGUUAAAUGCUACUUGCAGCAACUAUUACACGGACUAGACCAUUGUCAUAGUCGUGGUGUACUUCAUCGGGACAUAAAAGGCUCAAACCUUCUUAUAGAUAAUAGCGGAAUUCUUAAGAUUGCUGACUUUGGAUUAGCUAGUUUCUUUGAUCCUCAUCAAACUCAGCCUUUGACUAGUCGUGUAGUAACUCUUUGGUACCGCCCACCCGAGCUUUUGCUCGGAGCAACUCGCUAUGGGGCUGCAGUUGAUUUGUGGAGCACUGGUUGCAUUCUCGCUGAACUAUAUGCAGGCAAGCCUAUUAUGCCCGGUCGAACUGAGGUGGAACAGUUGCACAAGAUUUUCAAGCUAUGUGGCUCGCCUUCCGAGGACUAUUGGGUGAAAUCGAGAUUGCCACAUGCAACGAUUUUCAAGCCUACACAGCCAUAUAAACGCAUAGUGGACGAAACAUUCAAAGAGUUUCCUCAGCCAGCUUUAGCUCUUCUUGAAACUCUGCUUUCAGUUACUCCCGACGAUCGUGGAACCGCCACCUCAGCUCUCCAGAGUGAGUUCUUUUCCACUAGACCUCUUCCAUGUCAUCCUUCAAGCUUGCCUAAAUAUCCUCCUAGCAAAGAGCUCGAUGCAAGAAUGCGGGACGAGGAAAGUAGAAGACAAGUCGGAGGAAACAGGGACCAAAGACACCAAGAAAGGAGAGGAACUAAGGAAUCUCGAGCAAUCCCGGCUCCUGAUGCAAACGCGGAGCUGGUUGCAUCAAUGCAGAAAAGGCAGAGCCAGUCUACUAAUAGAAGCCGAAGCGAGAAGUUUAAUCCGCAUCCUGAAGAAGUUGCGUCCGGUUUCCCAAUCGAUCCACCAAGGCCAUCAUCACAAGCGUUUGAACCAAACAGAGAAUCUCAGGGCAACAUUAUUAUUCCUCAUAAGAGAGCUUCACAUUCUGGUCCUCUAACGCGUAGAUCCGCUUCUGCAAAGGGUAGAAGGAAUUACCAAGAUUCUCAAAAGGUGGUUUCAUCGAUCGCUGCUGAUUACUCAGCAAUGUCUGGUUUCGCUGCAACAAGAACAGGCGCAUCGCAACAAGAGACUUGCAGAGGAAUGACUCGGCUUCCAGGUUCCUUCAAAGAAACCUCUGAAGAAACAAACCAAGAAGAGAAUGGUAGAAACAACAAGAAAGACCCGAUUCUCUUGGGUUAUGGAUCAAAAGGGCAUAAGAUACAUUAUUCAGGACCAUUGGUGGUUCCAUCAGGAAACAUGGAUCAAGUGUUAAAAGACCAUGACCUACAUAUCCAAGAAGCUGUGAGAAGAGCGCGAAUCGAUAAGGCUCGUGUUAGGAAACUUCAAGCUGAAGAAGCAUCGAGCCAUCAAGUCCCAAACAACCAUCCCUCCUCUGUUUCUAGUCGUUGA